AUGCACUCCCUCGAGAAGCCUCCCGUCCAGAACACCGUAACCUCCUACUGCGGUGCCGCCGAGCCCCUUCGCGCCGCUGCUUCCUCCUCCAUGGCUUCCGUUGCCAGCGUCGCUGCCACACAAUCCCACGCUGCUGCCAGUGCCACCAGCGCCAUGACCAGCGCUACUGGCACUGGAUCCGAGUCCGAGUCUGCGCCCAGCGCGACUGCCAGCAGCUUCGAGGGUGCCGGUAGCUCUUUUGGUGUACCUGCCGGUGCGGCCAUUGUUGCCAUGUUCGCUGGUCUGUUGUAG